AUGGGCCACAUUGGUUCGGGGGAAGAGUGUCGUGUUCUUGGCAGACAUCAAGCUCGCCAUCGACUGCACACCCUCCUGGAAUCGGUGACAGGAAACAGGCACUGCGACAAGGACCCUGCAUUACGUCCGGUGCACACCCGUCCCCGUGCAGCCUGGUUCAACGUCGCGCUCAACAUUGAGAUGGAACCAUGUUACGGCGGUACCAAUUUCGACCUCGCAUGCUUUACCGGUCAGCGAUGCUGCGCGGUUGGAACUGUGGCAGUGCUGCUUCUUGGCGAGGCAUUCACCUCCAGCGUUGGUCUUAGACGCCGCCCAGAGAUGACGGAAACGGUUUCCAUCAAACGCAGCAUGCCCUCGUCUAUCCGUGAGCUCGUCUCAAUUGAGGCUCAACGGGUCGAUUCGGGAUCCUUGUUGAACAAAAGUCACAAUGGAGGCAGCGAACAAAAGUAA